CCUUAUAAAUUAUUUCUACUUUGUUUUCAUAUGGAAUAAUAAAACAACGAAUUUUUAUAGAUUUUUUCACACAAAAUUUAUGAAAAUAAUAACUAAAACGUAGAAAAUAAAUAACGAUCAACAUAAAUUAUAAAAAUAUAACGUUUUAUAAAAAGGAGACAUGUUAAAAAUUGCCGCAGAAGGUGUUAUGCCACGUUUGGUGUCUUGCAUACAAACCUCUUCGAGUGCCCAAAAUGCCUGUCAACGUUUGGCUCCCCUAGCUGUGACGGCCACACAAAAAUGUUUAUCACAAUCACAGACGGCCUUGAAAAAAUACGUUGUUAAAGAUCAUUAUGAGUUUGAUCGGAAAGUCAUCAAUAGUGAUAUACCCGUUAUUGUAAAUUUCCAUGCAGAAUGGUGUGAUCCCUGCAAAAUUCUCACCCCCAAAAUGGAAGAACUUUUAAAGGAUUCCACGGAAAUCGAUUUGGCCAUUAUAGAUGUUGAAAAUAAUACGGAUUUAGUGGAAACGUUUGAGGUUAAGGCGGUGCCAGCUGUUUUGGCUUUCCGCAAUGGUGUGGUGGUGGACAAGUUUAUUGGUCUGGUCGAUGCCAAUAGCAUAGAAUCGAUCAUUGACAAAUUGAAGCGUAAAAAUCGCUCCGCAGAUGACGACCAGAAAUGAUGUAAAGAUUUGUUAUAGUGAAAUUUUGUUGAAGUUAGUAAUUAACACAGCAAAGAAUUGAAUAGUUUAGAAGAGGUUUGUUUUCUUUUAUGUGUAAAUCAUGUAACAAAUAAUGUUUGUGUUUACUUUUUUUUCUAAUCAAUUAGUGGAUAGUAUAAGUUUAUAAAAAAAAAAUUUAAUGAUAAAUAAUAAAAAAAACGAAAAAAUUUAAAAGAUAUUUCAAGUUUAUGUAAAAAAAAUUAACGUGUAAAAUAAAAUACAGGGUGUUGAACGCAAUAAA